AUGGAAGCGAAGAAGAAAGCAGCCAUGGCAGUGGCCAGUACCAAGUCUGAGAAGGAAGCGGACCUGGUCAUGGAUACCAACAGCAGCAGCAUUGUGUCGAAACGGAGUGUGGAGAUGCUGUACUAUCCCAAGCCGCAUUUCUUUCGAUACUUUGUCAAGAAACCGCAGCGACGAGCGCCGUUGAUUAAUCGAGGAUAUUGGCUGCGGAUGCACGCGAUCAUGGAGACGGUGCGGCGGUUUCUUGCAGAGCCCUCUGACAGGCCCAAAUACGUGCUGAACCUAGGCUGUGGAUUUGAUCCCCUCCCAUUCAUGCUACUGAGCUCUCACCGUGAGCUGUGUGAUGGGUCACGGUUCGUGGAUAUCGACUACGAGAAGUUGAUGGUCACCAAGAAGAAUGCUAUCCAAAGGACAGAAGAGAUCACCGGCCUGCUCGAGGGUGUAGAGUUUCUGCCGGACGACAGCGCUGUGCAGAUCCGCAGUGCUCCGUACAUCGCCGUCGGUUGCGAUCUGAAGAACCUGACGAAGCUAGAUGCUACGCUGCAGACUGAGAUCUCUCCUUCUCAGUGCUCCAUCCUCUGCUUAGCCGAGGUGUCUCUGACUUAUAUGGACGUGAAAUCGGCAAAUGCGGUCCUCAGCUGGGCGGCCAAGUUAAGCGACGACGUCCAGUUCUGCAUUCUAGAGCAGUUUUUCCCGGAUGGCCCUGAGCAUCCGUUCGCUGCGACGAUGAUGAAACAUUUCCAUAAACUCCGGGCUCCUCUGUUUUCCAUCCACGAGUAUCCGUCUCUCCGUGACCAGGAACGGCGGUUCAAGAAUGCCGGGUGGACGCAAGCUCGAGCGAGGAGUCUGUGGGACCUCUGGUCUGAUGACUUUGUGGGUGACUCCCUGCGGAGAUCGUUGGAUGAGGUCGAAUCGUUUGACGAAUGGGAAGAAUUCGCUCUUUUUGCUUCGCACUACUUCCUCUUGAUAGCCUCCACGAGAGAAAAGCUGCCCGAUGAUGUGGCCGAGCAGCCCGUGGCUUCACCAGAAUUAAACAUCUCCAACCAGUUCAAACUGGUACACCAUCUCUCCUCCGAGCGUUCUCAGCGCAGAUAUGGCGCUCUAGUGCCGGACAGCAAGAACUCGAUAGGGCAUCAUGGAGGGUUAGGUCGUCAAGCACGUCUUGCAAGUACUGAUUUCUACAGCAACGCCGAUGAGAUCACCGAAUCAAUUACGCAAAUACCUCCACGCGAUAUCCUUGCGCGCAUGUGCCACACCGUGACGGGGCUUGCCAAUGGUGACUGCUUGCUCGUUGGAGGACGGACAUCUCCAGCGUCAGCGUUAGGGGAUUGCUGGCUGCGCGAGAAAGAUGUGUGGCGCCCAACGCACCCCUUGCCAGUUCCUCGCUUUAGACACGCUGCAACUCGCAUAACCCUGCAACCGGGGUCUGAGCAGGUGCUUCUUUACGGAGGCAAGACAAGUAAUGGUGACUUGCUGGACAGCUGGAUCUUGUGGGACAAGAAAGACGGCUGGCAAGAGAUCGCGCGUGUUGGCUCCAAGCCUAUUGCUCGAUUCGGUCAAUGCCUGACCAGUGUCGACAAUACCUCAGGUGUUUUGUUUGGUGGUAUACAGGCAGAUGGCACCAUCAUCGAGGACUUUUGGACAUGGAGUCUAAUCAAGCAAGAUGACGGGUCAAUAAUUAUUAAGCUGACUGACCAAACCGCCAAUUUCAAGCUCGCCACGCCUCUCUUCCAUCACCUCUCACGCUUUGGAGCCACGACCCAGUCGACCCCCUGGGGGCUUUUGAUCAUUGGAGGCAUAGUUCCCUGCCAUCUCACGCCACUAGACUCGGAAAUGCUACUUGUCGAUGUAGCACAGCUCCAAGAUUGCGUGGUUGGCAAGAAGGCCUGGAACAUGACCUUACUGCGCCGGGUGGGCCUCGGGAACGACAUGAAAGUCUCUCGACCCCUCCUUAGCGGCCAUGUGUCCUGUAAUAUCAAUCAAGACGGAGUGCUCAUUCUCGGUGGUGGAGCAGUGUGUUUCUCUUUUGGAACGUUUUGGAACGAGGGUACCUGGGUGUUGCAGCGUGCGGAGCAGUCCGCACAGAGCCCAUGGAUUCUGAGGCCGAUACCAGUCAAGCCGGCAGCAAAGACACUGCCUUCUCCAUCUCCAGUGAACAGCGAUGAUAGUAUCCGGAUCCCUCGAGUUCAUGUCCGGACAGCAGCCGAGUUCCAGGAGAUUGUAUCUAUUGGCAAGCCGGUGGUGAUUGAAGGAUCUGACAUCGGGCCCUGCUCUGAGUCCUGGACAAAGGAGUAUCUAUGUCGCGCAGUAGGCAGUGACCGCAAGGUCGUUGUCCAUGAGGCUGAAACAGAGAGCAUGGACUUCCUGGCUAAGAACUUUGUUUACAACGUCAAAGAAUUCGGGCCGUUCCUGGACGAAGUACAUGCCGGGGGUCGUCAAUACCUUCGCUCCAUCUCGACGGCCCAACCGUCCAAGCUACCAGCGAAUAUUGCUACAGAUUUCCCGAGCUUGAGUCCUGACUUCAGACUACCCGAGGAGCUGUCUCUGGUGGCAGAGAAUGCACAUAGUUCCCCGCUGAGAAUCUCGGGGUCUGUCAUCAUGUGGCUCCAUUACGAUGUAAUGGCGAAUGUCUACUGCCAGAUCCGCGGAGACAGACGCCUUGUGCUCUACCCGCCCGAGGACGUGCAGCAUCUCCAACUCCCUCCCGGGGCAUCCAGCUCGUCGAUCAACAUCUUCCAGGGGGAGAAUGGUGCAGAGGAACCCAUCGCAUCGAUCCCCAGCACGUCGCCGCACGAAGCAAGACUGAAACCCGGCGACAUUCUCUUUAUACCUCCGCUAUGGCUCCACACGGCGUGUUCCCCGAUUGGCAGCGUCAGCGUCGCUGUGAACGUCUUCUUCCGCAACAUGACGGCAGCUUCAUAUUCUGCCGGCAGAGAUGUCUACGGCAACCGGGAUGUGCAGGCCUAUGAACGGGCGCGCACCGAGCUCUCCAAGAUGGCGAAAUCCUUCGAGGCCCUUCCGCCGGACAUGGCGCGGUUCUACCUCCUCCGGCUCGCGCAGGAGUUGAAGGAUAACGCCUUAUCUGGUGGUGUCUGA